AUGCCGCGGGGGGACUGGAUGUUCGGCAUGAGUUUGACCAAUCGGGUCAGCACAUUUUUGCAAGACCUGACCGGUGGCGCCGAUCUGGUCGAAGCGCAGAAGACGGCGGUCGUUGCCGCGCAGGUUAUGACGAUACUGCGUCACCUGCCGGUGAUGGCCAUCUCCGGCGUGAUGAUUGCGCUGAUCACCGCCUAUGUGGCCUGGGACCAUGCCAACUUCACCGUGUUCGCCAUCUGGCUUGGCGGCUUUGUCUGCCUCGAAGCGGUGAUGCUGGCGCUUUGGUGGAAGAACAGAAACCGGGCGCCCGAAACCCUCGCCGAAACGGCAAUCGCGGUGCGCAGGACGGUCUGGUAUGCGGCGGCGAUCGGCCUGUCCUGGGGCAGUCUUGCCGCACUGCUCAUUCCUUACGUCGCCGCGGACAACACGAUCUUUGCGACAGCACUGAUAACCUCCGCGAUCCUGGUGACGGCAUUCAGCCUGAUGGCGCUUCUCCCGGCAGUGCUCGUGUUUGUUCUGAUCAGCGGGUCGCUGGCGAUCGCAUCGGCGCUGUUCCAUCCGCAUGCCGAGGAGUGGCCGCCGAUCGUCGGUCUGAUUGCCGCUUACAUGCUUUUCAUUCCGUGGCUGGCCGUUUCGUACGGCCGCGCGUUUCUGCGGCAUCUGAAGACCGACAUCGAGAACCGGGAGAACGCGCAGGUCAUCGGCUAUCUGCUCGAUGAAUAUGAGGAGACGGUCUCGGAAUGGAUCUGGGAGACCGAUCCAGCGGGGUGCACUGCGCGCAUGUCCUCGCGUCUGUCGGCCAAGCUGGGCACGACCGGUGAAGGGACCGCGCGCGUGCCGUUCGCCACGCUUUUGGGCCUUGUUGCACGGGUGGACGAUGCCGGCUUCCAGGAGGUGCGAUCGGCUCUCAUCGAAGGCCGGGCUUUCUCCGGGAUCGAAUGCCAGGUCAGGAGCGGCGGCACGGAUCAGUACUGGCGCAUCUCGGGCCGGCCGAUCCGUGACGAUGCGGGCACCCCGGCCGGCUUUGUCGGCACGGUGCGCGACAUCACCGCCGAAAAGGAAGCCAAGAACCAGAUCAUCCGUCUGGCGCAUCGCGACACGCUGACCGGGCUCUACAACCGCGCCAGCUUCACCGAGCGGCUGGAAAAUGCGGUUCGCACGCUGGAACGCUACGGCACGCCGUUCACGCUGCUUUUUCUCGAUCUGGACAAGUUCAAGCUGGUCAACGACACCUAUGGCCACCCGGUCGGCGACCGCCUUUUGGCCGAGGUGUCCAAACGCAUCCAGGCGAUCGUGCGCAAGGAUGACUGCGUGGCACGGCUGGGCGGCGACGAGUUCGCCAUCAUCCUCGAGCAGAGCAAUGACGCCGUCUUCGCCGCCAAGCUGGCCUCGCGCCUGAUCGCCAGCGUGCUCGAAGCUUAUGUGAUCGACGGCGAAACGCUUUGGAUCGGCGUCAGCGUCGGCAUUGCGCUGGCGCCCCAGCACGGCACACGGCCCGAACAAAUCCUGCGCAAUGCCGAUCUGGCGCUCUAUCGCGCCAAGGAGGACGGGCGCGGCGUGUUCCGCUACUUCGAAGCGCAGAUGGACUUUGCCCAGCGCGAGCGGCGUAUCCUAGAGCAGGAGAUGCAUCAGGCGCUGGAGGACGAAGAGUUCCGCCUGUGCUACCAGCCGCUGAUCGGCAGCGAAAGCGGCCGCAUACGCGCCAUGGAAGCGCUGAUCCGCUGGGAUCAUCCGAUCCGCGGCGAGAUUUCGCCGGUGGAAUUCAUCUCGAUCGCAGAACAGUCGAACCUGAUCGUCGCUAUCGGCAAGUGGACGCUUCGCACGGCCUGUGAGGCGGCGACGGCCUGGCCCGAUGAUGUGUGUGUUGCGGUCAAUGUCGCUGUCCCGCACUUCAUGCGUUCGGACAUCGUCGCCGAUGUCGAGGCCGUGCUCCAGGCGACGGGGCUGCCGGCAUACCGGCUCGAAAUCGAGAUCACCGAAAGCCUGCUGAUCGAGGAUUCCGAUGACGUCCUGAACCGGCUCAUCGCGCUGAAGAAGCUGGGUUGCGCCAUCGUCAUGGACGAUUUCGGCACCGGCUAUUCCAGCCUGUCCUAUCUGCUCAAAUUCCCGUUCGACCGGCUGAAGAUCGACCGUUCCUUCACCAGGGACAUCGAUACCGGCGAAAGCGCCAAGGCGAUCCUGAUGGCGAUCGCCUCGCUGGGUGAGAAUCUCGGCAUCAAGAUCACCGCCGAGGGCGUCGAAACGGCCGAUCAGCUCGAUUUUCUGGUCGACAUUGGCUGCGACCAGCUUCAGGGCUUUUACUUCUCCCAACCCGUCCGGCACGAAGACGUCGCGCCGAUCAUGCUGCGCAACUUCAUGGAUUCCCGGCAGAUGUCCCUGCAUGCGGAAAUUCGCGACGAGCGCGAGACCAGGCGCAACCGCUCUGCGGGCUGA